AUGCAAAAAAUUCGAAUACCUGGAAGUACGCAGUUGAACGCUGAGCAAACAGAACAGGAGAAGAACGAAGAAAUUCCAGAAGAUAUUCAUCAGUUUUAUGGCAAAUUAGAGGGCGAAGAAGACGACGACGAUGAGGCUAUUCAAAACUUACAACUGCUUACUUUUGAGAUCAAGCAAGAAUCAAUUGAAAUCGUACAGAAACGAUGCAUCGAAUUGGAGUAUCCGUUGCUGGCCGAAUACGAU